UGCAAAGAUGCUCUAACAGGAAGUGGGUUAAGGAGCUGCACUGCUUCCUGCCCCCAAAAGCUGAGCGGGGCAAGAAGGGCGAGUGCCAGGCUGGGCCACGAGACACAGGACAGUUUCUUGCCAGGGUCCUGGAAGCUUCCUCUUCAACAGCCACUUCCGUGUGGCCAGAACCCCAGAGGCAGGAGCUGCUGCCCGUUGCCCAGGCCACCCUCCACCCCCAGUUGGGAGCCCUGCCCCCCUGGGGCUGGGCCAAGCCCAGCAGCUGGCUGGGAUCCCAUGGGGGACUGGUAGGGAACAGGUCUUGGGGGAUAGAGGUAAUUGGGCCAGUGCCGUGGGGCUCUGGCCAUGAAGUCUCGGCAGAAAGGAAAGAAGAAGGGCAGCUCCAAGGAGCGGGUGUUUGGGUGUGACUUGCAGGAGCACCUGCAGCACUCAGGCCAGGAGGUGCCACAGGUGCUAAAGAGCUGUGCAGAAUUUGUGGAGGAGUAUGGAGUGGUGGAUGGGAUCUAUCGCCUCUCGGGGGUCUCCUCCAACAUCCAGAAGCUUCGGCAGGAAUUUGAGGCAGAGCGGAAGCCAGACCUGCGGCGGGAUGUUUACCUCCAGGACAUUCACUGCGUCUCCUCGCUGUGCAAGGCUUAUUUCAGAGAACUGCCGGAUCCCCUGCUCACUUACCGGCUCUAUGACAAGUUUGCUGAGGCUGUAGCAGUGCAAUUGGAACCUGAGCGCUUGGUCAAGAUCCUAGAGGUGCUUCAAGAACUCCCCGUCCCAAACUACAAGACCCUGGAGUUCCUCAUGAGGCACUUGGUGCACAUGGCCUCGUUCAGUGCUCAGACCAACAUGCAUGCUCGUAACCUGGCCAUCGUGUGGGCUCCCAAUCUGCUGAGGUCUAAGGACAUAGAGGCCUCAGGCUUCAAUGGGACAGCAGCCUUCAUGGAGGUGCGGGUGCAGUCCAUUGUCGUGGAGUUCAUCCUCACACACGUGGACCAGCUCUUUGGGGGUGCUGCCCUCUCUGUUCCUGGCUGGCCAAUUCCUUUUCUCUUCCCAGGUGGUGAGGUGGAGAGUGGAUGGCGAUCACUUCCAGGGACCCGGGCAUCAGGCAGCCCCGAGGACCUUAUGCCCAGGCCCCUGCCUUACCACCUGCCUAGCAUUCUGCAGGCUGGCGAUGGACCCCCACAGAUGCGGCCGUACCACACUAUCAUUGAGAUUGCCGAGCACAAGAGAAAGGGGUCUUUGAAAGUCAGGAAGUGGAGGUCUAUCUUCAAUCUAGGUCGCUCUGGCCAUGAGACAAAGCGUAAACUUCCACGGGGAGCUGAGGACAGGGAGGACAAAUCCAAUAAGGGGACACUGCGGCCAGCCAAAAGCAUGGACUCACUGAGUGCUGCAGCUGGGGCCAGUGAUGAACCAGAGGGGCUGGUGGGGCCUGGCAGUCCCCGGCCAAGCCCAUUGCUGCCUGAGAGCUUGGAGAACGAUUCUAUAGAGACAGCAGAGGGUGAACAGGAGCCUGAAGCAGAAGCACUGGGUGGCACAAACUCUGAACCAGGCACACCACGAGCUGGGCGGUCAGCCAUCCGGGCUGGGGGCAGCAGCCGUGCAGAGCGCUGUGCUGGGGUCCACAUCUCAGAUCCCUACAAUGUCAACCUCCCGCUACACAUCACCUCCAUCCUCAGUGUGCCCCCGAACAUCAUCUCCAAUGUUUCCUUGGCAAGGCUCACCCGUGGCCUCGAGUGCCCUGCUCUACAGCACCGGCCAAGCCCUGCCUCUGGCCCUGGCCCUGGCCCUGGCCUUGGCCCUGGCCCCCCAGAUGAGAAGUCGGAAGCAAGUCCAGCCCCAGGUCCCCUGGCAAACUCAGGCCCAGACGACUUGGCUCCUGCUCUGGAGGACUCCCUGUCCCAGGAGGUGCAGGACUCCUUCUCCUUCCUAGAGGAUUCAAGCAGCUCAGAACCUGAGUGGGUGGGGGCAGAGGAUGGGGAGGUGGCCCAGGCAGAAGCAGCAGGAGCAGCCUUCUCCCCUGGGGAGGACGACCCUGGGAUGGGCUACCUGGAGGAGCUCCUGGGAGCUGGGCCUCAGGUGGAGGAGUUCUCUGUGGAGCCGCCCCUGGAUGACCUGUCUCUGGAUGAGGCACAGUUUGUCUUAGCUCCUAGCUGCUGUUCCCUGGACUCUGCUGGCCCCAGGGCUGAAGUUGUGGAGGAAAAUGGGGAGGAAGUCUUCCUGAGUGCCUAUGAUGACCUAAGUCCCAUUCUGGGACCUAAAUCCCCAAUCUGGGAGGGUGCAUCGAGUCUGGAGGAAGAGGCAACAGAAUGUGGAAGGCAGGGUCCGGGACAGACUGAGAAAGAGCAGGCAUGCUGGGAAGUUGGGGAGGACAAGGAGGCUGAGCUUGGAGGCAGACUAGACAUCCAGGAAGAAGCUGAGGGAAGUCCAGAGAUCAAGGUGGAGGCUGGAAAGGCCAGUGAGAAUGGUGGAGAGGCUGGGGGAGGCCCAGAGACAAAGGUCAGAUUGAGAGAAGGGAGUAGGGAAGAGACAGAGGCCAAGGGAGAGAAGUCCAAAGGUCAGAAGACUGACAGUAUAGUGGAGGCUAAAGGUGUGGAGGAACCAGGAAGAGAGCAGUAUACAGAUGAGAAGGAAAAAGAAACUGAGAGAGAAGAGGUUGGGCAAGGAGAUGAAGCCCAGGUAGAAGCUAGAAGGGACCUAGAGCAAGGGGCCCAGGAAGAUCAAGUUGCUGAGGAGAAAUGGGAAGUUGUACAUAAACAAAAGGCUGAUGGAGUCAGAGAGGAUGAGGACAAAGAACAGAGGGGGAAGGGGGACAAUGAAGCACAAAAAGACCAAGGAGAUGGGGAAGACAGCAGAAGCCCAGAAGCAGCAGCUGAAGGAGGAGCAGGGGAGGUCAGCAAGGAAUGGGAGAAUGGGGAUAGAGAGGCUGAGGGAGACCAGAGGACUGGAGGGGACUAUUUAGAAGAGGGCACCCUCUCUGAAGGUUCAGGUCCUUCAGAGUCCCUAGAGGUUGACUGUGCCAAAGAGGGCAAUACCCAUUCUUCUGAGAUGGAAGAGGCAGCCCCACAGUCAUCCCAACCAGAGGAGACAGAGCAUGAGGGGCAGCCCAGUCCAGAGGGCUGUAAUCUAUGCCCCUGUUCCCUGGGCUUGGGUGGUGUGGGCAUGCGUCUGGCUUCCUCUCUGGUUCAGGUCCAACAGGUCCGCUCUGUGCCUGUGGUGCCCCCCAAACCGCAGUUUGCCAAGAUGCCCAGUGCAAUGUGUAGCAAGAUUCAUGUGGCACCCGCAAAUCCAAGCCCAAGGCCUGGCCGGCUUGAUGGGACUCCUGGAGAAAGGGCAUGGGGGUCCCGACCUUCUCGAUCCUCUUGGAGGAAUGGGGGUAGUCUUUCCUUUGAUGCUGCUGUGGCCCUAGCCCGGGACCGCCAAAGGACUGAGGCUCAGGGAGUUCGGCGAAACCAGACCUGUACUGAGGGUGGGGACUACUGCCUCAUCCCCAGAACCUCCCCCUGCAGCAUGAUCUCUGCCCAUUCUUCUCGGCCCAUUAGCUGCCUGGAGCUCCCAUCUGAAGGCACACAAGGGUCUGGAUCCUGGAGUCGUCUUAGUCUGCCCCCCAGAGAACACCAGGUCCCUGACCCCCUGUUGUCCCCCCAGCGCCGAUCGUAUGCAUUUGAAACACAGGCUAACCCUGGGAAGGGUGAGGGACUGUGAUCAGGACCAGAGCUCUGGGCAAAGGGGACUUUGUGAUUAGGACAGAGCUCUGGGUAAAUUGUUUUGAAUCUCCAGCAUUCCUGACUAGCUGUGUCUUUUUUCUUUUUUCUCCCCAAGACGGAGUUUUGCUCCUGUUGCCCAGGCUGGAGUGCAAUGGUGCCAUCUCAGCUGACCCCAACGUCCGCCUCCUGGGUUCAAGUGAUUCUCCUGCCUCAGUCUCCUGAGGAGCUGGGAUUACUAAUUUUGUAUUUUUUAGUAGAGACAGGGUUUCUCCAUGUUGGUCAGGCUGGUCUUGUACUCCUGACCUCAGGUGAUCCACCUGCCUCAGCCUUCCAAAGUGCUAGGAUUACAGGUGUGAGCCACAGUGCCUGGCCCUGACUAGCUGUCUCUUCUGCAGCUGGAGCAGCUGUAUUGCCCAACUUUAUAGGCUCUGGCCCUCCAGCUUCUUUUUUUGACUAUGGGAGGCACUGCCUUGAUUGGUUUACCUGAACUUGUCUCAGAUUCAAAGCACUUAUCUCUUAGGAGAUUCCCAAGAAAGUCAACAAUAUCCUGUCCCCAGGGAGUGAGUCACUGGCGAAAGGGAACAUAGGGUAGGCAGAAAACUUAAAAGAGUUUCUUAAAGACUGGAGAAUUCCAGCCAAGUUCCUCCCUUCCUCUGAGCUGCGAAUCUCUCUUCAAGAAAGCUAAGGGUAGAGACAGGGAGGAUGGGGCCAGGUUAGAGCCUUCCAUACACAAACACUUCUAGAGUUGCCCAUUCCUGUUCUGUUCUUGGACCCUUAGAUACCUCCUGGUCCUUUUAGCUCCAGAUUAGUAGAAACGUCCAGGAAGCUCUUUGAAGCCCUCAGUAUUUGUCGGAGGGACUGGACUCCUCUCCAGCUCCCCCACCCUCUGCCUCCAGUCAUAUGUUCAAGAGAGGUCCUGUACAGAUCUCUCUGGGCUCUUAUUUUUCCUUUAGAAUAACUUCUUCCUAUUUCAGGAAAGGGAAAUGGUGUCACUCAAGCCCUGGAACUGCUUCUCCAGCCAGGCUGGGGCCAUAGGUCCCACUCUAGUGAAGGUCAAUGUCUCAGAAUAAAGGCUGUAUUUUUACAAA